AUGGCGCCUAAACAGCUUAAGCUUACUAGCCUUUUACCCAAGCUCGACACCAAUGCUUCCAUUGAGCUCAGGGCAGGCAUUACCAGCGUUCGAGUGGCGCCGGAGGUUGAGGCUGCAAGGACUGAGCGCGAGAAGGCACAUGCCGAUGAGAGGAUUGCAAAGCUUGCUGAAGCGGACGCUGAGGCCGGCAAGGCCAUCAUUGAGCAGGCCACGGCUCCUGGACACCAGCCAGUUGGCAGGCCCAGCAAUGCCAAGCCUUCCCUCGCGUCGCUGCUGCGCUGUUUGACCGGCGAACCGCUUCCCGUCCCCGAGCCCGCGCCGACUCCGAAGAACAAGAACAAGUGGGCUAAGGUGGCGCCUGUGCGUGGCAACUACGAAAAGCGCAGCGACGAGAUCAAGCGAAGCGUAAGCGCGCGAAGCGUGAGCACGCCCGCGGGACGCCCUGGAGCCGUCACCAAAAGUGUAUCACAACUGUAG